AUGGCAGUCGAAUCCAAUGCAGUUGUAAGCUGUCCCUCGCAAAGCGCUCGCAUCCUCCUGCCGUUCACACUCCGUCCACCUUCCAUUCCACCUACUUCUGAGUCGACUCAAAAGCCUUCGCAAACCGCACGCAUCCUUCUUCCGUCCACCUUCCGUCGGCAUUCAAUUCCACCUACCUGCAGCACCUUCCUAUCGGCCAUCCUUUUUUCCGCAUUUUCCUUACCCUCCCCUCCACCCCCCUCUCUCUCCGCGCCCUUCAUCCCAUCCUCACCCCGCCCACCAGUGACACCCCCUAUAGUCACAUCCGCUGCGUCGUCCGCUGCAGCGGCAGCCCUGGCAGCUGGGGUUGGCUCUGCUGUGACUAUAGCGAGCAGCUGGUUCACGCUCUGCACGGCCGCUGUGAUCCCCCUUUAUACGCUCAUGAUCUUCGCGCCAGACUGGCACGUGACGGAGAAGAUAAUGGGCAGCUCGCUGCCGAGCAUUCUCCUGGGUUUCGUGUACCUCUAUCUGCUCUACAAGUCGUGGACGCCCAACACGCUGCUCUACAUGUUCUCCUCCAAAUACUGGCUGCCCGAGCUAGCGGGUAUCACUCAGAUGUUCGCCAGCACUCUCACUGUCGCCUCUGCCUGGAUCCACCUUCUGGCCGUUGAUCUCUUUGCCGCCAGGCACGUGUAUCUGGACGGUUUAAAGCAGAAGCUGGAGACCCGGCACUCACUCGUGCUCUGCCUCAUGUUCGGCCCUCUGGGCAUCGCCGCUCACUCCCUCACGAAAACCAUUGCGCAGAUCUUUCGUCGCUCCAGGAGAAGUCGCAACGCUUCGCGGACUGUACAGGACAUUCCAUCGCCUCCGCAUCGUACCAAUUCCCGCUUCCCCACCCCCCUCCCCCCCACUCACUCACUUCCACUCGCAUAUGUCCCCUCCGCCCCGCUACCCUACACCUCCCCUCCGCCCCGCUACCCUACACCUCCCCUCCGCCCCGCUACCCUACACCUCCCCUCCGCCCCGCUACCCUACACCUCCCCUCCGCCCCGCUACCCUACACCUCCCCUCCGCCCCGCUACCCUACACCUCCCCUCCGCCCCGCUACCCUACACCUCCCCUCCGCCCCGCUACCCUACACCUCCCCUCCGCCCCGCUACCCUACACCUCCCCUCCGCCCCGCUACCCUACACCUCCCCUCCGCACCGCUACCCUACACCUCCCCUCCGCCCCCACCCCUCCGCUCCCACCGCUCCCUCCAACCCUCCCCACUCACUCACGUCCACGCGCAUAU